AGCAUGUGCUAGUGAUAGAUAGGAAGCCGGUCGUUGCAGGAUGGAGGCCGAUUUCGGGGAACUGGAUGCCGAGCUGGAAGGCUUCUUCAAUGGCACCACAUCCACGGUCAAUCUCCAGCCGCACCCGACAUCCUUUGGCAGCGAGGAGAAGACAAGUACGAGUGCCCCCAAAGCACCACAGGCAGAGCCCGUGAGCGGCUUCCGCGCAUCCAUGGCUGGACUUCUAGGCCGCGCUGCGGUGCUGCAAGGAGUCAUGAGUCUCCUAGGCCAGGCUGAGGGCGCGGGUGCAUCGCCAAUUCCAUCGUCCGUGGGCUCCGUCAAGGAUCAGGCCACCAGCUUCCUGUCAAAAGCCCAGCCAUGGAGGGAAUUCGUUUGGCCCCUGUCAGUGCCGACUGCCAACGAGGGCUGCUCCCGCCUUUCCGCGAAUGUUUUCAAUUAUCAGACGAACUACGCGAUCCUCUUCGUGGUCCAGCUGAUUCUCUCGAUCCUCACGCAGCCAUCGGCGCUGAUGUGCAUCAUCCUCACGGUCAUUACUUGGGUGCUUUUCUUGAAGAAGAACGAGGACCCUGACUGGGCGCCCAAGCUCGGCGGCGUUGUGCUGUCGCCGAUGCAGAGAUGGCUUUUGCUGGCAGCUGUGACGGCCAUCGUCCUCCUCCUCUGGGUGGGUGGUCCCAUCUUUAAUGCAGCUUUGAUGUACUUGUUCUUCUUCCUGGCUCAUGGACUCUUGCACGAGCCACCGAGAGGGGUUGCAGCAGGAGUUGGAGAUCCUGUGCCAAUCUGAAAAGCGUGUGUAGAUUUCCAGAGGAAGUCUCGGCCUGACCUAGGGCCAAAGACGCGCAGGCGCAAAGCCACAGCCGGCGGCGCCAA